GGAUUGGUGUUAUCUCUUCUUCAAAAAAAACUCAUCGGUUAUCUCUCCUUCUACUACGCCCCUCAAUCUAUCUACUCCGAUUUCCAAAGAAACCUCUUCGGCAAAAGCAGAUGACGUCUUCUUCCGAUCAGAAUCUACCACCUCCUCUAUCGAUUGCCGAGGUUCCACUGUUGUCGAAAGAAGACUGGCGGUUGGAAGUUUGGGGUUGGGCGGGAUCGGAGAUAGAAGGAAAACAAAUAGGACUGACAGCGGCGGUGGCUGUAUGUCAUUUUUUUCUAUGCCGUCUGGUUUUAACUCAAAGAAACAGGAGAAUGAGAACUCCGAUGCCGAGAAAGUCAACGUUUCAAUUGAGUGGGGGCGGCGAUGGGUUGAUCGGUUUGCCUGGUUUAGGAUUAGGUAGUAAACAGAAGAGGCUUGCUGAAAAUUUACUGAUCUUGUGUGCAGAAGUUCCAUCUGAACCUACCCAAAGCUCUUACAAGAUACCUGUCGAUACCCAUUCAGGGGCUCGGCUUCCAGAAAGAGUAAAGUUAAUGAUUGAGGAGAUGAAAGCGAAGAAACAGGUUUACGUGAAGAUCUAUUUUCUGCUGGCAGAAAGUUUGCAGAAUUUUAGAAUGUGUUGGAGCAGAUACUUGGUGUGCUUAUUAAGCUUGUGAAAGAUUUGAAGUUACAACAUCAACAUAAAUACGGCAUUGUGGGCACAUAGUAACAUUCGGAAAACCUCCAACAAGGUGCCGUUUCAUACGGCUUGCACCUCCCUUUGUUACUUUCAAACAAAAGGUGCAUGUAAAAUUGUUUCUAAUGUUAGGGUCUUGCACACUAUACUUUCUUACAUGAUCUGUUUUGAAGUCGGAUGAAGCAUUAACUCCAUUCUCAGUAUCCAUGAAUAAGAGUAGAAAGAAUAACAGAGAAGAAGAGAAGAGAAGGUUAACUACUAACUUAACUGUCGAUCAAGAAUCACGAGGGAAAAGGAGUGGAAGACUAAUAGAUAAAGAAAGAGAGAAGAACAAGAUUGUCGUGUGAGACUGUGAUCGUGUGAUCAAUUUGUCGUGCCUCUUUUUAUCAUGGUACAGUGGUACGUAGAUCUCUAGGGUAGAAGUACGGCCGGCCAGAAAUAUUUAAUAGUUGCAUGUUUUUUUUUUUUUUUAACAUUAUUCAAAUAAAUGGGCCAGACCAUGAUGCGCCAAUGCGUAAUGCGCUGGAUGCGUUUGGAAGCGGACACAUUGCCUGGCAACAUGUAGGUCGCAUUGCCCUAUAGGUUUGUUGCCCAUAACCCAUCGCAACGCAACGCAACGGACGCAUCAUCUCAUCAAGCACGCUUUUUUAAACCAAGAACAAAAUCUAUAUGAAAAUUUUGUAGGAUUAACGAUGAACUGAAAAAGACUUGGUUGUGCAAAAGGUGUGAAACCAUGAGCCCCAAAUUGAGGCUAGAAGAUGUCAGAAGAUGUUAAAAGACUCUGGUCCACAUCUGCGCCAAGAAGAGGGCGCGCAUACAUUUUUAGGACUGCAGUCUUCAAAAAAACAAACAGUCUGCGAAGGUUAAUGUCUGCGUGUGGUUUGCACGGUGCAGACAGAAGAGGUCACGCAGAUCUGCAGACAAAAAACAUACACUACCUUAUACACAAGAAUCAUCCCAGCACUGCAUAAGAUAAGGUGACACGACUUCAAGAAUAUCAAGGUGUUGACCCCCAUUUUGACACAAUCGCAAGGCAUAUCAAGAAAUAGUGAAGAAGCUAAAGAAUAUGCAAUGGAUAAUUCACCAAGUGGACAUGGAUCUCAACCGAUUACCCUUGAAAUAAAUUGGGUGAUUUGCUCAACCUCAUCUUUUAGCUUCUUAUCAUUUUACAGAAUUCUUCAUAGCUGAUUUUGCCAUCCUGUCAGGGUCAUAAUAGCAUCUCAUACAACACUCUAUUCAAACAGUAUGAUUCAUUUAUAAUAACUUGCAUAGUAUAACUUACAACAUUCGCAUGAAUUUCUGAUAUUAUAUCUUCAAUGGUGGCCUCAUCGCCCAUUUAUUAUCUUCCAAGAUUGAUUUUAGAUCAUCUUUUGAAAUAAAUCUGCCAUAAAUCCCCAUCAUGAUCCAAAAGGACCAAAACUUAGAAACGAUAAAUGUUUUCAAUAAAAAAUGUGGUUGUGAUUAGGCACCAGGUGUCCUUAGGCUCGGUCCAUUAAAUAUUACACCCUUCAUUGUUUUUUGGUGUGUGUGUUUUGUUUUUAUGUGGUAUAUGUGUGUUGUGUUUGAAAGGUCUCACUUGACUAAACAUAACCACUUUCAGUCAACUUCACAAGCAUCAAUCUUUAGAGUUGAUUGGACAUGAUUACAUACAUGAUUACUUAAGAAAGUGUACAACACAAAUGAAUAAAACCAUAAAUAGCAAUGCACUUUGGGUUUUUCUUAAAAAGUAAGAAAAAAUGCAUCAAACAUAUAAACAAAUUAGGUAAAUUACAAAAUUGAUUAAGUUUAAUUUUGUAAAUUGUUGAAAAUCAGUGAUUUUGUUUGUAUACAUUUAAAAAAACCGAAUUUAUUGCAAAAAUCCUACUUAAAAUAUUUCGGUAGGAAAAUUAGGUCGGGGGACUUAUUUUUGUGUUAUAUAAUAGGUCAUAAAAGCUCCAAUCAAUCACUAAAAGAAUUUUUGUGGAAAGAAAUAUGGCCUCUAUAUAACACCAAACACCUUUUAAAUAGUAUUAUUUUAACUGUUUUUAGUUUUUUAUUGUUAUUCUUUAUAAUUUAUAAUAUUAAAUUAUGUUUUAGUGUAAUUUUUUAGUGUGGUUGGAGUUGAAAAGAGUUUUGGUGUUAGUUUUACACAAAAAUAGUGUAAAUGCUGGAAACCAUGACAGGUAUGUACUACCCUCAAGCCCUAAAAAUAAAAUCAAUUAUUUUAAAUCCCCUUUUCCCUCUUUCUAUUCAAAAUAUUCUCCAAAAACCCUAAUUUUUCAACCCUCUAUACCACCGCCCUCUUGUCCCAUCACCGCCCUCUUGUCCCAUUAGUGAACCACCGCCAGCCUCCCUACACACGCGACAACCGGCGACCUCACCACAGUACGGCACCGCAACACUCACGCAUAUCUACAACUUGAUUAUUGUGGGUCAUCUCGAAACCCCUCACGUUGGAGCAUUCACGUGGUACCACACUUGAAGUAUUCACUAUCCUAGGAGCACCAUUCACACACAUAGAUACACUAAGUGUGCCAUUUGGUCAUCAAGUGUAACCUUUACUUCUAGUUGUUGGGGUUCUCUCUUUACAAUGGCUCUUAAUGCCAUAAGAUAUUGGGUGGAUUUAAAAAAUGCGUUAAAGUCCUCUGGAAAACUACAUGGAGAUGUAGAUCCGUCAAGUGUUACAAAAAAUGACACGUAUGACCGUAUCAGGGAAGAUUCAACGAGUAUCCAGCAACGUCUCUCCAACCUUUCAGCUGAGGAAGAGAUAUUGAGACCGGCUCUAGAAAGGGAUCUAGCAAGGAACAUAAAACUGGAGAGUUUUAAAUUGAUUGAAUUAUGGAAUAGAGGUCGUGAUAACACAAUCAAAAUCAAUUUGAGUGACCAGUCAGAAGCAAAUGCAAUUUGUCUUAUAGAUAUUCAUCUAUGGAUUGCAUUUAACUUGAGAACGGUGCAUAAAAUAACUAUAAUUCCGGGGAAUGAAAACCAUCAAGCGAUCGGUUAUCACUUACUUACAAAAGAUGUCCGACUCAAAGAUAACCAGGGCGUUUUUACAAUCACAUUUUUCUUGAAUAAAAAAGACUACAACUUUGAUAAUGAGAUGUACUCGGUUGGUGGUCAAACAAAUAGUUGGCAAUCGGUUUUAGAGGCAUUAUUGCGAUGUGGCCAACUUUACGUGGGUGUCAACCCACAAGAUAUCAGAAGAAAUUUAGAAAUUAGUGAUCUUAUUCAAGAUAUUGAACACAUUCAACAUCGUGCCAAUUCUUUGGUCGAAGAGGCCUCUAAAUAUUACGCUGAAGGAAGUACAAUUCUUGGAAAUCAAAAGAUGGAUGAAGCACAGAGCUUAAGAGAUGAGAUCAACGUCGAACAUAAGAAAAAUUGCUUCAAGCUACUAGUAUCUAGGAAUGAAGAAAUUACCAACAUAAUCACUGUCGAUCUUCAUGGACAACAUAGAUAUGAGGCAAUGUGGUUUUUGAAGCUUCACUUGUGGUUGUUCAACAAUUUGCGUACUGUAAAGGAAAUUCUUGUGAUUACGGGACAUGCUGAAGCUCGACCAAAGGAAUCGGUUUUGAAGCCAAUGGUCAUUGGUUUAUUAAAAACAUAUGGAAUGGAGCCUAAACAAUUAGAUAAAGGCACCUUUCAUAUCACACUUCCUUCCGAAGCGAGAGUUUUCAAUUUUGCACUAGACGAUUCCGAUAUUUCCGACGACUGAAGCGAGAGUUUUCAGUUUUGCACUAGACGAUUCCGAUAUUUCCGACUGUACAGAUAACUAGAGGAAGCCUCCAAAGAUCACAACAGAAUAUAUCAGUUCUAUAGAUUUUUAUCAAGUGUACAAUGGACACAUGUUUUUUUUCCUGUUAACUUAAUUUAGACGGAAUAACUUAAUAGAAAUUUCAUGAAAUAACCAUA